AUUUGUAUCCUGUUUCAAUUUGCAAGCAAGGAAGCUUGAGCGAUUAUUGCUAUCAAGCAGCCAAUUCAAUGAAUACUCUGCUUCCCGAAUGGUCACCGUUCGCCUCGGAGGGCUCAGCGUUGUGUGCGUGCAUCAUUACACAAGAUGGCUAGGGCCUGUAUUCAAGUGCGCAAUGUUGCCUUUGGACUUGGUCCACUCCACCUCUACCGAGUAGCUUAAACCUUUACGCUGUUUAUCAUGCGCAGUCCACGUUGCCUUGCCUGUUACGUCUAGUUGACACAUAUAUUAUAAGAAAGCAGCUGCCUGCCAAACGCCUCCUUCGACGCACACCGUCCUGAUCGCUAGCCACACUGACACCAUGUCCAACGAUCCUAAAUCUCACCGCUUUCCCUCCUGGUUCAAGAAGCGACAGCACCCUUCCGAGCCUGCUGAUGGUCGGUCGCAGGCCUCAACUCCCCCUGCCUCCAACAAUCAGAUCAUUGGGUCUGCCACCGCACAUGAGAGAAUGAACAACAAAGCCCACGGCAGCCUCGUAGGACUGCGUUCUGGUGCCCUUGCCACUACAGCGCCCGCUUUUCUACUUCCUGGUGGCACUUUACAGGAUGAUACCACGGAGCAACGGACAUCUUCUCGAGACAAGCUACUUAGGCUAUUCCGGAGAAGUCCCAGUCCCCGUCAUCGCAACCAAUCAAGCACAUCCCAAUCAAAACAUCCUAUGCCAACUACUCCCAUCCAGACAUCCACGAACGACUCACGGCCGUCUCUGUCCCCUCCCGCAGAAGUGAACAUCAAUUCCCAACGAGUGAUGGGAACCGUACUUGCCACUGGUAACGAUGACCCGAGUGUCCACACGCAACAAGAGCCUGGAUCGUCAGUCCCAUCGGUGCCAGCGGAAUCAGUGCCUCGUAGAUCCGAUGGCGAUUUGAAGAAAACAAUCAUCGGCACCACCAAACUACUUCUUGAAACUGCGGCCGCUGGUCUCAAAUUCGCUCCCAUCCUUAAUCUUGAUCAGAUCCCAAACACGCUUCUGAGAUUUAUUCAAAUUUAUGAGGUUUGUGAAUCGUCUUGAUGAUCUUGAUCGCUUCCAUACUACCUACUACAGAAUGUCAGUGGCAACACUGAGGAUCUCAACCAGCUAUGCAUCGUGAUUCAGCAAGCACAAGAAUCAGUGGUUGGGCCCCUCCAGAAAUGGACUGGAGAAACUCCUCCUGAGC